CGUUGAGUAAGACGCGGACUGUAUAAAUUGGACGCUUCACAACCUGCUUACUUACUGUUAAUCCCUAUGCAGUGUCUUAAUGGCUGGAAGUUCUAAACUGGCUGAUCUUCUUGACCUGUCAACUCCAAGUGUAUCCGAAGUUAUUCAAAGUCUGUUAAACAAAUACGAAAAUUCAGAAAUAUAUACAUGGUUAGGCAGAAGUAUUCUACUUUCAAUCAAUCCAAAGUAUACAUCUGCACAAAAUUAUUCCUGUGACAAUGUGAAUGAGUUUACUGAGGUUUCUUCUUAUUGCUGGAGAAAACCGCAUGUUUUUUCUGUUGCUGAAGAAUGUUUAUGCCAACUGGCUCGUACAGGACAUAAUCAAUCAAUUAUUAUUACUGGUACAAGUGGAUCAGGAAAAACGGAAGCUACCAAGCAUAUAUUACAUUAUUUAGCUCAUAAAAGUAGUGUAAAACGUCGAAAACAAAUAGCGAAAACUGAAACGCAUAUCGAGAAUACAAUUCUACAAUCGAAUCCUGUCCUAGAAGCCUUAGGUAAUGCACAAACACAAUUCAAUGAGAAUAGUUCACGUUUUGGUAAAUAUAUACGUCUCAUUUAUGAUCGGAAUCAAAUUCUUGUUGGAGCUAAACUGCAAAUUUAUCUGCUGGAAAAACCUCGAGCUUUAUUCACACCUAAAUCGUUACAUGCAUCAUUUCAUAUAUUCCGUUGGUUUUUAGAAUCUCUCUCAGAAGAGGAUCGUGUACAGUUUUGUUUAAAUGAUUGUCAAUAUCCUCGACGUCAAGAUUAUGGGGAUGCAGAGAACGCUGAGGCAUGUAAACAAUCAAUAAAUGACUCCAAUUGGUCACGCUUACUUGAAGCUUUUUCAUCAAUUAAUAUUAAAGACGAGAAAUUGCAUCAAUUUUAUAAGUUAUUAACUGUUAUACUCUUAUUGAACAGUGUUCAUUUCUAUUCUUCUGGACCAGUUGUAAAUAUUGACUUGAAUCAAGGUUCCACUGAUCCACAAAUUCAUUCUCCACAAUCAAGUGAUAGUCAACAAUCACAGUAUUUUGAUGAUCCUGCCGGUAUAGCUGUUCUCACCUCGGAUGAUAUACACAAGAUUAAAAUAGCUGGUAAACUACUUGGUAUACGGGAAGGUGAUGCAUUGGAUCAUUUUCCCCAACAAUUUUUAACACGUCUUGUUCAAGCUGGUGGUUCUACAUCGUCAACAUCAUCACAACGAUCUAGGCGGAUGACAACGUAUAGAUGUGCUUGUACAGUGACACAAGCACGUGAACAACAUAAUUGUUUCAUUAAAGCUUUAUACAGCAGUUUGUUUCACUUUAUGGUCGAUUCAAUUAAUAAACAAUUGAAUUCUGAGGAUCCUGAUGGUCCACUUAAUGAACUGGGUAUUCUUGAUCUGUUUGGUUUCGAGUGUUUAACUGUGAAUAGUUUUGAACAAUAUUGUAUAAAUUAUGCUAAUGAACGAUUACAUCAAACAUUUAUGCGAUUAGCUGUUACAACUGCUUAUGAAGAAUUAGAUGCAGAGGGAUUAUCUGAUUAUCCUCCGCCGCCACCGCCACCGCCAUUGCCUCCUCCUCCUCCUCAUGUGUCAUCUUCCUCCUCUUCGUCUUCAUCAACUUUAUCUCGUCGUAUUGUCCAUGAAAAUACUGUGGAGCAUAAACAUCGAUUGGAUUCUUCAUUGGCACUGUGCGAGAGUAAUAUACUUACUUUAAAAGAUAUAGAAAUGAAUGCAAAUUUAUUAGAAGAGGUUUGUCUUCUAAAUCGUGUUCAUAGCGUGAAUCCGUUGAAGUUAUCAUCAUCAUCAUCAUCAUCUUCAAAUCCUCCACUGAGUCAUUUAGAUCCACGUGAAAUUGAUUGGAUCAAUAAAAUACAAACAGUCUUCAAUGCGCCGAAUUGUUCAAUUCAUCUAUAUGACAGUAAUAAAUAUAUUCGAUCACCAUGCACUAUUGCCAAGAAGACACUACAAUCGAUAUCAUCAUCACCAUCAUUGUCGUCAUCUCCUCGUCUGAUCAAGCGAAAUCCCACGUUGAUCUCUUCCCCCUCACAUUCUUCAUCAUUGCUUAAAAAUUAUCCAAAGGCUGAUUGUGAUCAUUUCAUUGUAAAACAUUAUGGUGGUCUGGUUAGCUAUUCUAUAUCAGGUUUUGUAGCUAAAAAUCUUGAUCGUAUACCGAUUCAUUUAUUGACAUGGGUAAAAGAAGAAGCCUUUCCUCUAAGUGCUUAUGAUUCCGAGAAUCUUAUCCAAGUGAUUAUCAAUAGUGCAGUAGAGACAGCUAAUCAAGGCAUAAAUUCAUCGUCGAUAUCGACGCCUUUCAACUCUUCAUCCUCAGCACCAAUACCACCAUUGUCAUCAUCAUCAUCAUCUUCAUUGCAUUCAGAAAGUCCUGCAAAAGUUGUUAGAUCACCGUUAAAACAAAUUCAUAUUCAUACAAAUAAUAAUGGUAAUAACAACAAUAAUAAUAAUAUUUGUGCUCAAAACAGUUCAAACGUUAUAAUGCAUAGUCCUUCUGACAUUCAUGGGACAAAAAAGUUGGCAUCACCUACAAAUCGUCGAAUCAAUACACGUCGAUUGAAUACAGUAUUUGGUAACUUCAAAUCAUCUUUAGAUCAGUUACUCGAUGUAAUUACUAGCCAUAAUUUAUUUUUCAUACGUUGUAUUCGACCGGAUAUACCGUCGGAAAAUGUUGUUGGUCAGCGGAUAACUUCGCCGUCGUUGUCACCUUCUUAUCCCCCUUCUCCUCCUUCUAUUGAUGCUGAUUAUGUUAAAGAUCAACUUGUAAAUAGUGGAGUUUUAGCGGCUUUAGAAGUUCUACGGUCUACGUAUUAUGCAAGAUAUGCAUAUGAUGAGUUUAUUAGUGAGUAUAGAAUAUUCUGGCAAUUGACUCCAAAUCCACCACCAGCUAGUCGAUUAUUAGAAUCUGACUUGCAAUUGUUAAAUUCAUGGUAUUUAAAAUUAACUCACUUGCCAAGAUCAACGGUGAAACGAGCACCGCUUAAUAAAUUAAGUCGUGAAACGAGUGAAUCCUCUAUACAACAGCAGCAACAACAAUUUGUGCUUAGCCUGUUAACACUUGGAUUGAAUUUAUCCUCAGUUAAACCGCAUAAGAAGUCAACUAUUGUUAAUACCACUUCUACUACUAAUCAUAAUAAUAGUAGUAUGUAUUCAUCCCAUCAAAUAUUUUCAACAUUUCCUAUCAUCUAUCAAUUUGGUCGUACACGAAUUCAUUUGACAAAAUGUCAAUUUCAACAUUUAAUUAAUUUAAAGCAAUUUAUGUUAAGCAUGAAAGCGAAAGUGAUACAACGAUUUUUCAAAAGAUAUUUAAAACGUAAAUUAGCGGCUAAACGAAUUCAACGCUGGUGGAGACGUGUACUGGCCAAUCGUCAAUUUGCAUUAGAGCAAUAUUCAACUGCUUUAGCGAUACCAUUGUGUAAUGAAAGUCAUAAUACUGACGGUGGCGAUGAUGAUGAUGAUGAUGAAUGUGAUAAAGACAGUCUCUUCGAUGAUAACUCAACGGAUGAUAUUCAAUCGACAGUGUUGUCAAGCCAAGGAACAGCAGGUGAACAGGAGAUUCAAGAAGCUGAGAUUAUUGGUCAUCCAACAUCAUCAUCCCCUUGUCUUUAUUCAGUCCCUGAAUCGAUCGAUCUGCCAACUCGUCAAAGGCAUAUUAUUUCACGUCGUUAUUUACCACGAUCGACGAGCAAUCGUCAUCAUUAUCCUAGUGAGACAACAUUUUAUAGUCAAUAUAACAAUACUACUACAAUGAAUGUUAGUAGUAGAGACAGACAUUUUAAAAAACAAUCUAACCUUCUUAAUUAUUUAAUACCUUUUUGUUAUAAAAGUCAUUUUCUUAAAUUUUAUGAAACUCUUGAAUCUGUUAAAGGCCUGUUAGAUAUCAUUUAUGAUCAAUAAUGGUAUUAAUAAUAAUAAUAAACUUUUUUAACAAAUAAGUUUAUUUUUUUCACGGCGUUUCCAUUCCAAGUGGAACAUAGGACUACAGGAUGUUUGAGUCCUUUUAGUAGUAGUGUAGAUGAAAGAUUAACUUUCAGUGAGAAACAAUCAAUUAGAAGACUGUGCUUGUUUGCUUAAAUAAUCUAUAAUAAUGUACAUGAAAAUCUAUAAAUAUGUGUUAAUUUCGUAAAUAAACGAUCUGUUUCCUGG